UUUUCUACCUCACACUAAACCAAGAAACCCAAAUCUCUUUCCCUUCUCUCUCAUUACAUUUAAUCUAUUCUAUUAAAAGGAAAAAAAAAUCAUACUGAUGGAUCACUCAUCUUCCUCAGAAUCACAUCUUGACUACUGCAGGAGUUUUCAGGACUUGCCGGCGCCGGAGAGAACAGUGAAUAGUAAUAACCCUAAGAAGAAAAGAGUCAAGAAAGACAAUGAUGAAAAGGCUGUUUCAAAGCAUCCAAGUUUUAGAGGAGUGAGAAUGCGACAAUGGGGGAAGUGGGUCUCCGAGAUAAGAGAGCCAAGAAAGAAAUCAAGAAUCUGGCUCGGUACCUUCUCCACGGCGGAGAAGGCGGCGCGUGCUCACGACGUGGCGGCUUUAGCUAUAAAAGGCCGCUCUGCUCACCUCAACUUCCCGGAGCUAGCUUACCACUUCCCUAGACCGGCCAGCGUCAACCCUAAAGACAUACAAGCGGCGGCGGCCGCCGCUGCUGCAGUCGCCAUUGAUUUAGAGGUAGAUACGUCGUUGCCGUCUCCGGCGAGCACGGAGCAUUCGUAUCCGGCUAUGACCGCAACAGCUGACGACGCGUUCACUGACCUCCCUGAUCUCUUGCUCGACGUGAACCACAAACUCGACGGCUUUUGGGACUGCUUACCUUCCGAAGAACCUUUCUUCACGGGAAGUUACUAAAAAACAAAGAUGCUGUCGUCUUGUACGUAUUGUAUUUUUCUCAUGUGAAAACUUUUUGACGUUAAAAAAAAAUCACCGGUUGAUCCACAUUGUAUAAUUAAUCAACGGUUCAUGAUCGACUUGUUUCUUUUUUCUUUC